AUGCCUACCCUUGCAGACCGUCGUAUCCUUGACCUUGUCCAAGACUGGGAGAGCCCCGCUUACACGUGGCUCUACCAGUAUCCGCUGCCUAUUCCUCCCGUGAAGACACCCAAGAUGACUAUCACCAACCCGGUGACUUCGUCUCCCAUUGACUACUAUGAGUUCAAUGUGCUCCCCUUUACGCAGCAGGUCUACCCCAACAAGGCGGCGGCUGCCAUGAGAGGCUAUGAUGGAAUCUCUCCUGGCCCAACCAUCAUUGUGGAGAGGGGCCGAGAGACCGCCGUGCGGUUCAUCAAUAACUCCACCAUGGACAUCUCUGUCCAUUUGCACGGCUCCUAUUCGGAGUACUUUUACCCCAACAGCCAGUCCGCACGACUUCUCUGGUACCAUGACCAUGCCAUGGACCAUACCGCUGAAAACGCAUACUAUGGUGAAGCUGGUGCUUACAUCAUCCACGACCCUGCCGAGGAUGCCCUAGGCCUACCCUCCGGAUACGGCGUUAAUGAUAUCCCCCUCAUCCUGAGCUCCAAGCAGUACAAGAAUGACGGAUCCCUCUUCUCGCCUGCUGGAGAGACGGACAGCCUCUACGGAGAUGUCAUCCAUGUCAACGGACAGCCGUGGCCCUUCUUCAACGUCCAGCCCCGCAAGUACCGCCUCAGGUUCCUCAAUGCUGCCGUCUCUCGCUCCUUCAGGUUGUACUUUGAACGGCAGUCGGGAAGUGGAGGCAAGCUGCCCUUCAAGGUGAUUGCUUCCGACGGCGGACUGCUCUCCGGCCCCGUGUCCACCGACAACCUCUACAUCUCCAUGGCCGAGAGGUACGAGGUGGUCUUUGACUUUGCUCCUUAUAUUGGCACCAACAUCACCCUUCGCAACUAUGAAGACGUCGGCGCGGAUGACGACUACCUCCACACGAACAAGGUGAUGCGCUUUGCUGUCGGCGGCACCGCCGUCACCGACACUUCGACCGUCCCCACCACCCUCAGAACCGUCCCCUUUUCUCCCUCGACCACCGGCAUCGACCACCACUUCGAGUUUGGUCGCAGCAACGGAACCAUUGAGAGGUGGGAGCUUGAGAACAGCAGCGGCGGCUGGACGCACCCCAUCCACAUCCACCUCGUUGACUUCAGGGUCGUCAGCCGCACCAACGGCCGAGGCGUCCUCGCGUACGAGUCGCAAGGGUUGAAGGACACCGUCUGGCUCGACAAGGGCGAGACCGUCGUCGUGGAGGCCCACUACGCUCCCUGGGACGGCCUGUACAUGUUCCAUUGCCACAACCUAAUCCACGAGGACCACGAGAUGAUGGCUGCCUUCAACGUCACGGCCCUUCCCGAUUUGGGAUACCCCGAAACCGCCUUCAUCGAUCCCAUGGAGACUCGUUGGAGGGCCAAGCCCGCGGGUAUUGCCGACUUUACCCCUCAAGCCAUCACGGACUCGGUUCAGUUCAAGGCCACGCUCCAGCCCUAUAAUAAUGUUGGCGCUGUCAUGACCGAGCUGGACAACUACUGGGCGAAUCACCGCCGUAUCAAGAGGAGGGUUCUCUCGAACCGCGGAUAA